CUGGCCCUUGGAACUGGGGCAAGGCGAAUUCAUGUCUCUGCAGCCUUCAGCGCCAAGGCCAAGGUGGCCAUGAGCCGCUUUGAGCCCGGCUCCAGCAUUAACUAUGAGAAAAUGCAUGAGAACAUCAACAUUGUGCGCAGAAGGCUCAGCAGGCCUCUGACACUGUCGGAGAAGAUCGUGUACGGUCACCUGGAUGAUCCAGCAGGGCAGGAGAUAGACCGCGGCCGCACCUAUCUGCGCCUGCGUCCGGACCGCGUGGCCAUGCAGGAUGCUACUGCUCAGAUGGCAAUGCUUCAGUUCAUCAGCAGCGGUCUGCCCAAGGUGGCGGUUCCCUCCACCAUCCACUGCGAUCACCUGAUCGAGGCUCAGAUCGGAGGGGCUCAGGACCUGCAGAGAGCUAAGGAAGUGAACGAAGAAGUGUACAACUUUCUGGCAACUGCUGCUGCUAAAUAUGGAGUUGGCUUCUGGAAACCCGGGUCAGGGAUCAUCCAUCAGAUCAUCCUGGAGAAUUAUGCCUAUCCUGGAGUGAUGCUGAUUGGUACAGACUCCCACACUCCGAAUGGCGGUGGCCUGGGUGCCAUCUGUAUUGGAGUGGGUGGAGCUGACGCCGUAGAUGUCAUGGCUGGAAUCCCUUGGGAGCUCAAGUGUCCUAAAGUGAUUGGAGUGAAGCUGACAGGAGCCCUGUCUGGUUGGACCUCUCCAAAGGAUGUCAUCCUGAAGGUGGCUGGCAUCCUGACUGUAAAGGGUGGCACUGGAGCCAUUGUUGAGUAUCACGGACCUGGGGUUGACUCUAUCUCCUGCACUGGAAUGGCAACUAUCUGUAACAUGGGUGCUGAGAUUGGAGCCACGACAUCUGUUUUCCCCUUUAACCACCGCAUGAAGACAUAUAUGGAGAAGACCGGCCGUGGAGAGAUCGCCACUGAGGCUGAACGGUUCAUAGAUGACUUGGUCCCAGACAAUGGCUGUGAAUACGACCAGGUCAUUGAGAUUAACCUAAGCGAGUUGAAGCCCCACAUCAACGGACCGUUCACCCCUGACCUGGCCCACCCUGUGUCCGAUAUCGGUGCUAUAGCUAAGAAGAGCGGCUGGCCCCUGGAGGUUAAAGUUGGUCUGAUUGGCAGCUGCACCAACUCGAGCUAUGAGGACAUGGGCAGAGCAGCCUCUCUGGCCAAGCAGGCUCUGGAUAAAGGUCUGAAAUGCAAGGCCCAGUUCACAGUCACCCCUGGAUCUGAGCAGAUCCGUGCCACCAUCGAGAGAGAUGGAUAUGCCAAGAUCCUGAGUGAUGUUGGUGGAGUCGUACUGGCCAAUGCUUGUGGACCUUGCAUCGGGCAGUGGGACAGGAAGGAUGUGAAAAAAGGAGAGAAGAAUACUAUUGUCACCUCCUUCAACAGAAACUUCACUGGCAGGAAUGAUGCUAACCCAGCUACUCAUGCUUUUGUCACGUCUCCUGAGAUUGUCACCGCCAUGGCCAUCGCCGGGACCCUCAACUUCAACCCAGAGACUGACUACCUGACUGCCUCUAAUGGAGAGAAGUUCAAGCUGGAACCUCCCACCGGUGACGAGCUGCCGUCCAGAGACUUUGACCCAGGCCAGGACACCUACCAGAAACCCCCGGCUGAGAGCAGCUCAGUCAAGGUGAAUGUGAGCCCCUCCAGCAACCGUCUGCAGCUGCUGGAGCCCUUUGACAAGUGGCAUGGAAAAGAUCUGGAGAACAUGAGGGUCCUGAUCAAGGUGAAGGGAAAGUGCACCACUGACCACAUCAGUGCUGCCGGGCCGUGGCUGAAAUUUCGCGGCCACUUGGACAACAUCUCCAACAAUCUGCUGAUUGGCGCGGUCAACAUCGAGAAUGAUGCCGUCAACAAGAUCAAGAACCAGCUGACAGGAGAGUACGGGGGUGUGCCCGACGUGGCACGCCACUACAAGGCCAAUGGAGAGAACUGGGUUGUGGUUGGAGACGAGAACUACGGAGAAGGGUCCAGCAGAGAGCAUGCCGCUCUGGAGCCACGACACCUCGGAGGACGUGCCAUCAUCGUCAAGAGCUUUGCCAGAAUCCACGAGACUAACCUGAAGAAGCAGGGCCUGCUCCCUCUGACUUUUGCCGACCCCAAAGACUACGACAAGAUUCGCCCAGAUGACAAGAUUUCGAUCACCGGGCUGAAGUCCUUGGUUCCUGGCAAGCCCCUGACAGCAGUGAUCAAGCACAGCGACGGCAGCCAGGACUCCAUCUCUCUCAACCACACCUUCAACGAGACGCAGAUCGAGUGGUUCAAGGCUGGCUCUGCCCUCAACAGGAUGAAGGAGCUCCAGUAAUUGGUGGGAGAGGAUGGAGGGGCCUGUAGGGGGCCGUUGAGGGGCCUUGGCGUGGGUUAAGAAAGGGGGAAAUGUGGGCCUAGAGAGGGGAUUAGCAAAGAGGAAGAGACGAUGUGAACAGUAGAUGUUAACCAGAUUUUUUGGUUUAGGGACAGCUGUAGUCAUGCUCUGUUAAAAAAAAAAAAA